AUGGUAUUUUGUUAUUCUAUUUAUUUUUUUUUACGUGUGUCUAAAAGCAUCUCGUCAAAGGCCAUGAGCAUCAUGAACUUUUUCGUCAAUGACAUCUUCGAGCUCCUUGCCGGCGAAGCUUCCCACCUGGCUCAUUACAAGUGUUUCACCAUCACCUCCCAGGAUAUCCAGACUGCUGUCCACCUCCUCCUGCCCAAAGAGCUGGCCAAGCACACCAAAUCCAAGGGCACCAAGGCCUUCACCAAGUACACCAGUGGCAAGUAA